GUAAAUGUAAAUAGUAACUACCGUAGAGUCUAGUAGAGUAGUGCAAACGAAGAAAAAAAUGGGAGACCAAAAUCACUAGUGUUGGCGGCGGGUUUUGCGUUGUUAAAUUUGAAUUUAGUAUGCUUUCUAUCCUUAAGUGUUACAAAUAUUUCAAACACUUAACAAAUUAAUGAUGAGAUUUAAACCGAUCGCAGACAUAUAUUGGCCAAACUUACUGACACUGACACACUUCUGUUUGGCUUAUUUGUUUUACAACACCGGAGUGCAUGCGUGUGGGGGCGUAACCCAUAUUGAAAUAAGUAUGUUUCUGAGUGUACUAAUAUUUUGCCAUUUAUUGCAUUUCAGGUAGCCCAUAUCCCCCCCCCCCUAUUUUUUUGUUUAACUUAAAGUCUAAGUAAGUAAGACAAUGUUACAAGCCCAUUGCCAUUGUUAAAAUUAAAAACAAAGUGACAUCAUAAUCUGACUGAUUCUGAUUGAUUAUAUUCACCAUUAAUAAUUAAUCAUAAUUAUAAGCAUUCAAUCAUUGACUAAUGAGUUUGUCAUAGACCAGUCAUAGUCAUACUCUUUUACUCUUUACUUUACUUUACUCUUUAUUAGAUUAUUGUGUUCAGUCAACAUUUUUUUUUCCAGGUUAUAGGGCACUCAGUGGAUAUCAUGACACAUAUGGUCCUUUAAGUUAUGAUACUGUAAGUGUGAUUGUGAUAUACUUCUCUUUAAAAUAAUAAAUAAGAAUAUGCAAUAUACUACUGUCGCAAUAAGCACUUAAUAACUUUUAAAUCCACACUGUUAUAUAUAUUAUAAUAGUAAUAAUAAUAAUAUUCAGAUCUUCUUGUUAGCAUCAAAUACUGCAUAUAAUAUUAUUAAUAUUAAUAUUAAUGCCCGCUUAGGGAAUUGUAAAAGGGGGGGGGGGCUGUUACUGGAAGCCAGGUUGUGCUUACCUUAUGGGCCUUUUGCACAUUACGUAAACACAGUUUUGUUAUCUGUAUGGUUGGGGGUAUGUAUGAACUGCAGAAAAAAUAGCAGGAAAAACUAUUUAUUUACUUAAACUUAAAUGAGUAAAAAGCAGACUAUGUUGCAAAACAUAAUAAUAAUAUGAUCUAUUCUUAACUUACCAUUCUUCAAAUGCAAAGCAAGCUAAUGUAGACAUUUUUUAAAUAAAUGUUAAAGUAUGUACAAAGUAAUAAAGUAAACCAUAAUACAGAAUUAUAAAUUUUUGAAGCAUCAAUAUUUCUUGUUUAUUCUUUUACAAUAAAACAAAAUUUUGAAAAAUAAAUUAAAUUUUGUUUAGUGAUUAGUUAUAUGCAAUUUUUAAAAUGGCAAUUUUAAGUACUUACAAAUAUUUGUAAGCAUCUUUUCUUUAAAAGUUUGAUAAUCCUACAUCAUAACACAUAGAUCGUCCGUGAGAACCAAGAUGCCUUGGAAGCAGGCAGUGUAUUUCCUGAUUCAUUUUAUUCCAACUUCUGUUUUGAUGGUAAGCCUAAGUAUUGUUGUGAUUUAUGCUAUUUUAGCUUUGACAAUAGCGGCUUGAUGGUGAACAAAGACUUGAAUUAAAUAAUUAUGAAAUCACAAACACACAAAAAUGACAUAUAAAAAAUAAUGUAGGCUAUAUAUGUCACUUACUGAUAACAUUUAUUAUAAUUUACUGUUCCUGCAUGAAUUCCUUUUUAAUUUUCUUUUGUUUGUCUCAUUGCAGGGAAAUUCCAUGAUGUAUCUGAAGACACACAUUGGACACCUUUCAUUAAUGCUAGCAUAAAUUACAUUAUAAAAAAUUACCCAAAGCCAUGGGAUCAGGUUAGUUUAACAGCAAAGCAAUUUACUAUUGUGCUACACUUAUUAGUUGUUUGUCCGUCAAAAUCAACAAGGACCAUCUAGUCACCCGGUUAGGGAUGGGCUGGGUCACAGUGAGUGCGUAGGUGGCUUAUAGAAGACUAUAGAAAAUAACUUUUUUAAAAAAAGAAGAAAAUAAAAAAUUUCUUAUUUUCUGAAAGAAAAAAACACUUGAGGACUUAAACCAGAAAAAUGAAAAGCUGAUAGGACAAGGUUGAAUAAUUUAAUUUAUUCAGCAUAUUUGAGAUUUUUUUUAGCAUGACAUUUAAAAUCUUAUCUUUAAAUUUAUAACUUUAAACACUUGACUUUUGGUUUUUGUUUGCAAACUAUAAUUUUAAAUGUAUCCAUUCUGCUCUACAGAAGACCUUGAAGCUUGUGGCAUUCAUAAUGGGAAUCAUGUCCCAUCAGGUGGCUGAUGUAUCCUGGCAUGCUCUUGGCAUAGAUCAAGGGUUUUUGGUAGCGAUGGCAGGGGUAGGUUUCUCAUUGUUGUGAAAAAAUCAGAAUUCUAAAGCUUGCCCUGCAACCUGGAACAGAACAUUGUAAAUGAGACAUAAAUGUGCAGAUGUUGAUUAAUGAAGAAAAACGUAUUUGGAAAAGCUUUCUUUCAUUAGAUAUACCAAAUUUAUAAAAGCAAAAGCAUAGAAUUGAUAUUUCUAGUGACAAAUUAAUUUGAUUUACAACAUGUACUAAUGUCCAAAUACUUAAUAAUAUUCUGCGGUAUAAAAUUCCUUUAAUAUUUGGCUUGUUUUUUGUAUAAUACAAUGGUUUUUGCGCUAUCAUCAACUUUUGUUGAAAAUGAUAGCUACAUUUUUCUUCAUAAUUUACAAUGGCAUGCAUCUUUACUUUUUUAGGGAAUUGAAUCAUUUAAGAUAUCACAUUCUGAUGAAAAUUAUUUGAAUCAGCUCCAUUGAACUCCUUCACCCUCCAUUUUUUAAGAUUAAUAUUCUUAGAUUUCUCUGUUGAUUCUCUUUUGAAGAUUUUGCUAUGCAAAAAUUAAUUAAUUCAAAUCCCAAAAUAAUUUUUAAAUGAAAAAUGCACUUUUUUCCCUAAGACAAACUACCAUGGGGAUUUCCCAUCUGCACAUUCAGAUGGUGAUCUGGGUAAGUAACAUGAACAGAUUCUGUUAGGCUCAAGCAGAACAUUUGGACAAUCUGUAAUAUUUACUGUUUACACUAUUUUGAAAUAAAUGCUGAUAUCAAGUUAUCAAACAGUAUAAACUCUAUACAUUAGGUUUAAAACAAAUUAUUUGUAUAGCUUUGAUAAUAAACAAAUCACUAAUACACACAGAAUUACAACAUUAAAUAAAUUGAAGAACCAAAUGGAUGAAAAUAAAAUUAAACUUAGGCCUACUAUUCUGAAAAAAAACUUAAAAUCUAAAAUUUCAACAAUAGUAUCUCACAAUUUCUUGUCUUACUAUAUAUAUAUUAUACUAUAUAGCAUAUAUAUUAUAGAAAAUAGAAAUUUCAAACGCUUUCAUUAAUGGUCAAGAUUUUUAUCUUCCUUUUUUCCCCCACUUACUAAACCAAAAAUAAAAUAUUGCUAUUUUUAAAAUCAGGAUUCAAAUUGAAACAAAUAGAUCUAUGCAUUGCAUAACUCAAAUAUAUAUUUAUAUAAUUUUUUGAUAGGUGGCGAUGUCUUAAAUCUAUUUCAACUCAAUCUUAACUACAGUGAUAUCAUUGGAGAAUGGUGAGUAAUUAUAACCAUUUUCUAUAUAUUUUGUAGGUUUUCACUGAAUUCACUGGUAUCUUACUUCUUAUACAAUUCUACAUCUACCAUUACUGAAUACCUUUGCACAACCCUCUCUCUGAAAUGAUUUAACUGUACAUACGGACAGUAAUUAUUUUUUAAAAGGCAUUUAAAAAAUGUCCAAUUUAACUUUGAAACCAAAACUAUUGUUGUUUAUGUAAUUAUUUUUCUUUUCAAUUUUAACUUUGAAUUACAAUGAUUAUUUUUUUACAUAAACUAAAUAGUUAAUAGAAAAAUAAACACACAACCCCCAUAACUACACUGUAAAUCUAUUCCUUGUCAUGCCUGGUCACAUUUAUACUGUGUAAACUGUGUUUGACAUAAGGUAUGUUCCAGUUGGAGAUGUACUCAACAUCUACCAGGAUUACUAUGGGAAAGAAGCCAUCAACAAGACUGUGGUUGUGACAUGCACAAAGCUGAUGUACUUGGUCAAGUAAGUGGAAAGUGGCAGUAAAUUUUAAGCGUUCUAUUUUUCUUGUACAAUUUUCACACAAUGUACAAUACCUUUAAUUAGGAAAGCCUACUUUUGGCAUCAAUAAAGUAAGCAUACAUUUAUAGAAGUGCAUAUUCCAGGGUAACAGCUUUAAAAUAUAUAAUUAUUUGCAUAAUUCCGGAUAUUGAAAUAUUAUGGUUACUUAUUUUAACAUUAAAAACUAUACCAAAGUUCAAAUCAGUCACAUAACUGGGUCUUUAGAUAUGGAUAUAACUUCAUAUGGUUUGUUCUUAUUUAGAUGAGUAUAAUUGAAUUAGUGAGUGCUAUUUGGCUAUGAAGUUUCACUGCACUAAUUAACUUAAAAAGGAUUUUGCUUAUUAAAAGUUCUUUUAGAAAUUAAGUUUUUAUUAUUUUACAAAUUUGAUAAAAGCACAUUUUUUGAAUGAACAUAAGCAAAACUUAUUAAAUGUUAAAAAUACAAAACUAAAAUUUGGUGUGUUUUAUUAACAAUUUAAAAAGCAAUCAAUUAUAUUUAUUAACUUUACUUUUAAAAAUGGCAAAAUACAUUGUCAGUUUUGUCACAUGCAGUUAUUAAAUCAAAGAAAGUUAAAGCUUUUUAUUUGCAAGUUUAAAUUUUGCUCUUUUGAAAUUACGAUAAUUUUUCUUUUAUUUGAGUUCAAUUGAAACUUAUAAUUUGAUAUUGUUUGAAGACAUUUAGUUCAAACUAAUUUUAAUUUAAUUUCACAAUAUUAACAACACACUAAAUAAAAUGCACUAAAAACAACGAAUUUUAAAGUUUUUCUAAUAAAUGUGAUAAUGAUUCAAUAAAAAUAAUUCUUUGAUCAUAAUUUAUUGUUGAAAAAAAUCAUAACUUUCAAGUUCUGAUAAAAUGCUUAAAAUAGCUCUUUAAUUUUAUUUUAAAUGUAUUUGUAAUUUAUAAUAAUAAUAACAAUACCUAAAAGUAUACUAAAAUAAAAGCUGAUAUAUUUUAUUUUAUAUUUCCAUAAAGUAAUAGAAAAUCACUAUCAUUGUUUUUAAGAAUCAGAAUGUAUCUAUAUUAAUUCAUUUCAAUUUCCUUAUAUGGAUACGCUAGCUCAUUCUUAUAUAUAAAUGCAUAUAAACAGAAUGAAUGCACAAAUGCAUCUUUUUUUUUUCUAAAUAGAAUUGCUGAAAGAGUACUUGUAAAAAAGGUAAGUUCUGUUUUUAUUUUAUGAUUUUUAAAAAAGUUAUUCAAAUUGAAAUACCUAACUUAGAUAAAAAUAACAAACUUAAAUAACUUAAUAAAAUAUUUAAUAAGAAAAAUUUAAGAAAACACUUUGCAUUUUAUAGUUUAGCUCCUUAUUUAUUAUGGUUUCUUUUCCUUAUUCCCCCCCCCCCCUCACCAUCUUAUCACUUUAAAUAUGUAUUCCAAUUAAGAAAAAUUUAAGAAAACACUUUGCAUUUUAUAUUUUAGCUCCUUAUUUAUUAUGGUUUCUUUUCCUUAUUCCCCCCCCCCCUCACCAUCUUAUCACUUUAAAUAUGUAUUCCAAUUGUUACAGCUGCAAUAAUAAUCAGGAAAGUAAAAAAAAAUAAUUUCUAUUGUAUCUUAAACCAUAUUAUUCAUUGCCCUAACAUUUUUUGUUGACCUUUGUUUUAUUUCAGUAUUUCCCCAUCACAGCCAAAAAAAGUCCUUUUAUUGUAAAUGAGCUUUAUCGCUACUUCCUGGGGGGUAUCACUGAUAUGGCAGCAUGGACACAGAGAAUAUGGAAGCACCUGACAUAUGCUUUGGAAUUUGGAUCUAAGUUAGUUUGUUUUCUGCAUUCUUUUUUUACAGCCAUAGGUUCUUUGUUUUGGUAAUGCUAUAUAAAUGUUACAACCUAGGUAAACAAGAUUAAACAUAUUUAAAAUAUUUUUUUAAUUUAAAUAUAUUUUUUCUUGAUUUAGCGAAAAAAAAAAUCGUUUGCUUAUUAUAUGCCUUUACAAAAAAUAUAGACAGUUCUUUUUGAGUAUCAUGUGAUGAUAAUGAUAGUAAAAUAAAACUGUAUUAAUUUAAAUCUGUACCAUUUAUGUAAGAGUAAAAUAACAUCCUCUUUAACUUUAUACAUUUGUUUUUGAUCAUACUGUUUAUCCAUUUAAAAAAAGGAUAUUUCUUAACCAGAAGCAUUCUGUAUCAACUUAAUAAUGUAUCACUUAGCUGGAAUAUAAUUGCGAAUCUUCAAAAUUAAAUUUUUUGCAUAAAACAGAGUGUUAUUUUGUGAAUUAUUAAAUAAAUUGCAUUUCUAAAUUUUAUUCUUACGCCUUUGAUGCCCUCAUGACUUGUCCACUACAAUUCAUUCUCUGUGUGUCUACUUUAAUAAGUAGCUGACACUUUCUUUUCAAUCCACAGGGAUUGCAACAUGGACCACAAUCCAUUAUUUUUCCGAUGCAAUCACACCAAACUGACAUCACCAAGUAGAAUGAAGAGAACAUUCCGUAACAACAUAGUUUACAAUAGCGCAAAGACAAUUGGCCUUAGUAUGAAUGAUGUUGUUGUUGAUUUGCACAGUAGAGGCAUGCAUCUUAAACCUGCCAGUAGUUUGAAGGUACCCUACCUUGUGUUCAAUCUUUCAUUAUGGCAUUGUAUAUCUCUGGCACUAAUGUUAGUUUUGUCAAUAAUUUUGGAUAUUUUUUUUUUGUAUUUUCCAUAUACCUUGGCUCAACAUGUGGAUGCUGUGAAAUAAAAGAAUUCAUAAAGGAAAAUGAGAUAUAAAAUAAACCCAUAUUCUUACCAAUGUUUUUUUCUUUUAAGUGAUUGGUAUACAUUUUAUUCACCUAUUCUCUUUAAAAAAAAUAUUUUUUUUUUUUUUUUAAAAAUAAUAAUAAAUGUUUUCCUUUCAGAAAAAGUUGCAAAUGUUUGCAGAUGAGACUUUGGAAAAUAAAGAAAAUUUGUACACAAAAACACCACAAGCUUCUGGAGUGGAGUAUCCAACAGCUGUGUUUACAAUUGGUAUAGAAUAUGCUGGACUUGGUUGGUAAGUCAAAUAAAAUGAAAGGUUUCGACAAAAUAAAGCAUGAUUUCACCAAAAUGUUACCUCCUGUUCAAAUAAAAAAAUUAUUUUUUUUAACAUCACUCUCGUUCUUCACUUUUUAGCAAUAAAAUUCUUGAAAGUUUUAUUUCCACCCUCAAAGGGCUUAUGCUGUGGCUGAUCUAAACAAGGAUGGUAAUGAGGAUGUGGUCAUUGGAUGUCCAGGCUAUAUGGAUCCAGCAAGCCAGCAGCAAACAGGGACGGCCUUUAUCUUGUUUGGUAAGCAAAGGUUAAUUGAUUGAUAUUGGUUGAAAAAUAUUUUAAGCAUAUUAUUUCAAGAAAAAAAAAUCUUUUAUCCAAUAACAGCAGUUGUCAUAAUCCAGCCCUCCGUUUACUUGAUUUUUUUACAACUUUUAAAACAUUAUUGAUGAGCCCCUGGAACAGUUUUAUCCACUUUGAAUGAAUUAAUGAACAAUAAAAUGUUGGCUAUUAAAGGAAGUAAAACCAAAGAGUCCGUGCUGUUUAUGUUAAUUAUUUAUUUGAAUUUUAAAAAAUUGAACUAUUCGUUUCUCUUGACCAAUGCAGGUACUGACAAUGGCCUUAACACAUCCAUAACUGACAUCACAAAGGCUGCUGAUAUCCAAAUCCAAGGCCCAUUGGAUUCAUUUUCUGUAUGUAACCCCCCGACAGUAUCUCUUAUGAACAUCUCAGCCACCCGCAAAACAUCUUAAGUCAGUAGAAAAGUGGAGUAGAUGUGAUGCCACCCUUAAAUGGAAAUAAAUAGCUCUUGUUUAAACUUAUAUCUUCUUUUGGUACAAUUCCUUGGUGAAACUGAUUUUGUAUUUUUAAGGCUAUAUAAAACCUUUAUAAAACUAAAUGUGUAAUUUCACUUGUGUAAAAAAACUUAACGGCAGAGUUUAUAAAAAUUUCCCUUUUAAAUCCUUUAGAGCAACUCAUGUUUUGGCUCGUCUGUUGCAAUCUUUGACAUGGAUCAAGAUGGGAAACUAGAUAUAGCAAUCGGUGCACCAAGUUUCGGCUCCUCAAAUCUGACCUAUAAUGUAAGUUAAUAUGUUCUUAAAACAAGCAUAACCUCCAAUUGUUUUUCAAUUUUACGUUUUUUGUAAAUAAUUUUCUGAAACAGGAAACACUUCUGAGUUGAAUACUCUAGAAUAAAUGUUUAUUUCUUCUUGCUCUUUACCUUUCUCAGCUUCCAGUGGAACAUAUGCCCUUUACAAUAUCCACACCUUCUGGGGUCAUGCAAUCUUCUCUAACUCUUUCCGAUCUUAAUUACAUCCUUUUCUACCUCUCUGCACCUGAGAUUUUAUGGGUCUUGUUGGUUGACAUUUGAGUUAAAUUUACCAAAAUAAUGAAGUAUGGACUUUUUAAUAUCUCUCUCUCCAAAUAUAUAUAUGCAUUUAUAUUUCAGGGCAAAGUUUUUGUCUAUGCACCAGUUGAUUCAAAAUCAUAUUCUCUUAAAGCUUUUAUGGAUUGUCCGGUAUGUGCAAAAACCAAAUCAGUGAAUUAAAUCAGUUUUCAUAUGUGAACAUUUAUUCAUUUUAUCAUGGAGCGUAUAAUUAUCAGUCUUUUUUUUUUCCCAAUUAAACAAUUGUUGCUCAGUGAGCAGGAUAUUAUGGCUGUAGAAAUGAAAUUUUAAAUUAGAGGUACAUCAUAAAUACCUUUUAAGAACUUAGAUGUAUCAUUUCUUUUUCCAUUCUUUUUCUUUUUUAUCUAAUGAUUUACUUGAAGCUGUAAAUGUUUUUUAAUCAUUAACAAAAUCCAUGGAAGUUUUUUUUUUUUUUACUAUUGACAUCUUGUUAAAUGGUAAACAGGAUGUCUACUGUACACUGGGCACAACUCUCAGGUCAGAAGAUAUAAACUCUGAUAACUACAGUGAUCUUCUUAUUAUUUUUUUUUCCAUUUUUUUUUUUUUUUUUUUUAUUUUUUACUUGAAGCUUUAAAUUUUUUUUAAUCAUUAAAAAAAUCCAUGGAAGUUUUUUUUUUUUUUUUACUAUUGACAUCUUGUUAAAUGGUAAACAGGAUGUCUACUGUACACUGGGCACAACUCUCAGGUCAGAAGAUAUAAACUCUGAUAACUACAGUGAUCUUCUUAUAAGCUCCCCUUUCGCUCCAGGGGGCGGUGUGCAGAGGGGAAUGGUUACAGCAGUGCUUUCAGACAGAAAAUAUGCAGGUAAUUCCACUUUUAGUGGAGGAAGCGAAAAGAUGUGCAGAAAUUAAAAUAUACUCUAACAAUCAGUAGAAACCUAAUUGCUAUUGAUAUUUUAUCAACUUGCUAUUUAUAUUUUACCCAGUCAUUGCGUGGGUAGUUAAAAUGUUAUACAAUUAUUUUUUCUCAUAUGUAUCUCAUAUCUUUGUUUAUUUCUCUUGUAGGGAAAAUGGAUUUGCAUUUAACAAUGUCAACUACAAUUCUGCAUGGCACCCAGGUAAAUAAGCAUCAAAUAUUUUUAAAAUCUAAGAAAUAAAGCUUUCUUAAUCUGGUCCUAUCAAAAGCUGUAUUUGGUCUAGGAAAUAAAAGCAUCAAAUCUGACUUUAUGUACUCUAUGUGUACUCCUAAUUUAUCAUUCACUAUGUUCUGUACUGAUAAUAAUUAGUUAUUCCUUAAUGGAGCUUUAGAUCUAUUUUUAAACAUUAUUUGUUACUGUUGUUUUCUAUGAACUGUUGAAGCUUAUAUUUUGGAUUCUAAUAUGCUUCUUUCUCACUGAGUGUAUGAAUUCUAUUUAGUUUAGGCAGGUUUUUAGUUCCCCUUCCUUCCCAUGUGCUGGGCUUAUCAAUACAUUCAGUACAAUAUUCUGAAUGCCAAAUGAUUUUUAUUAAGCAAAAGUGUUUAGUUCUACAAAAUUUUCUGUUGACAAAUUUUGUUAUCUUCUAUUUUUGUAUAUCAAGUCUCAAAAAUCUACUUUCUCUUGUUAUAUUGUUUAUUAUAUUACAGAAUUAUAGUUGGUUUGGCUAUAGUUUGGCCAUCAAAAAAAUUUCUGACAGAAAUGAAACAUACAUUGCCAUAGGAGAACCAAACUUAAGGAAGUGUGCCAGGUAAAGGCUGGCUUUUAAAUUUAAAAAAAAAUUGUGUGCAAGCUAUUUUUUAUCUUUAGUACUAAGCAGAGACAUGACAUAAGAUUGAUUUCUUAGUUGUUAAGAAAUAUUUGUUUAAGAUGUCCAAAUAUCAUAAUUUAUUAUGUUAAUGAGCUCUGACAAUAUGUAGUAUUUUUAUUUAACUUGAAUAGAACUAAAAUAAAGUAGAGCAACAGAUGAUAUUUAUUGUGAUUAACUAAUAUCAAUAUCCAGAAGUAACCCUUAUAUUCCCUAAAGAGGAAAAUGUCACUCCUCAGAGUUUACCAAAUAGGCAGUGCUUUUUUUUGUCACAGAAUAUGCUAGAACGCUGUUGCAGCACCUUAUUGUGGCUGAAUUUAACUUAAGUUAUAUAGGUGCAUAUUUUUUAAAUUAAAAAAAAUGUGAGUAUAUCUGCAUAUACUUACAAUGCUGGAGAAUUUUUAACUGAUCUAAUUCUGUAAUAGUUGCAUGAAUAAUAUAAAAAAAACUUUCUCUUCAGUUUGUUUGUAAUAUUUUUUAAAGCUUAUAUCACAUGGGGAUGUUAAUUCAGUGUCUUAAUAUUUUCAUUCUUGAAAAAUCAGAACCAAUUGCUCUUUUGACCCAAAUGAUGUUCAGGCGAUAGGCCAAGUUCACAUAAAUUCAGUUAGUGGAUCCAACAUCAUACCAGGUCCUCUUAUCUUGGGUCAGCAACAGUUCCAGAUGUUGGGAGGUCAGCUUGAUAUUGGAAGACCAUUUGACCAGGCAACUGAUGUUAUUGCCGUAGCUUCAACAGGUCAAGGUGAGUAAAAAUGAUAUACAUCAGAGAAAGAGUCUUUGAAGGAAUGUAAAAUUGUGUGCAAUCUAAUUUGUACCUUUUAAAUUUUAGUGGUUAUAUUUACAUCAUUAUAUUAAUUAAUGAUAAGCAGAGGGUAAAAUAUUAUUAAAAAUGUUUAUUUAUGUGGAGAGAAUUACUAAGGAGAUGACAGGAAAUCGUGGGUGGCCUGUGGAGGCCUUAUGAUUAUAUGUUAUGAGCAAUAUGUUGAAUUAGCCCCACAGGACAUUGAUGAGAUUUCUUUGAGUUUAGAGUACGAUCCCAUCUUCCACUUAAUAAAUAUUCUGAAAUGAUCUAAAAUUUAUUUAUAAGUAAGAAAAAAUAACACAAGGUAAAGGAGGCAUUUAUGUGUACAAUUAAAGAUGAAAAUGAUGAAUUAAAAAAAAAAAUAUUAAAAAAUGGUUUUCUAGCAUGAAAAAGAACCCUUUUUGGUACUGUUUUUGUUUAUAUCCAGGAUUAAAUCACUUGUGGCUAAUAUUUUAACAUUAUAUUUAUCUUCAUGUUUUCAGAUGUUAAAGGUAGUGUCUCUGGUGUUCCUCUUGAUCUGGAACAGGCUGGGUCCUUGUACCUGUAUAACCUUAGUGACCCCCAGCAACCAAUCACAAUAUUUAAUGGAGACAGAAAAUUUGCCAGAUUUGGUGCCACGGUCAAAGUAAGGUGGCAUUCUUCACAUAUUUAAUUUGAGUUUUUUCGCAAAAUGGCUGCAUUGGCCAAGUGUGACAGAAACACUCGUAAAAUAUAAUUUAGUUGUAACCUCUUUUAACAGUUCAUAACUUAUGAACAGAUUCUUAUUUAAAAUAAAUUCUUUAUCAGUUCACAGACACAAACAGAGAUGGCGUUGAUGAUUUGAUCAUUGGAGCUCCACUCCGAACAGAUGACAUCACUGAGGAGCUCACUGGAGGUAUUGCAAUUUUUAACGUGUGAAUGAUUGUUUUCAUGAUCAUGGUCUGUGUUAGGCCUCAUGAAAUAGCUAGUUAUAAAUGAUGUAUAUACGUUGCCAUAGGAGCAUCAAACUGGGUGCUGGGUGGUUGAGUGGUCUAAACUGAUCCAAUCUCAAAUUCAUGGUCUGGAGUUCAGUCCCCACCGGAGGCCAGUCAAGCAAAAACAUCCCUAGCACCCCGGAUGGAUGGGACUCGUCAACCUUGAAUGGCAGCUCAUCUAAGAGAAGGAAACUCUGAAUUCAAACCCGGAGAUGAUGGAGUCCUGUAAUAGGAUAACAUUGACACUCCUGCGACGCCGCUGGAUGUAUCAUACACAUGAUGUUCCCUUGGGUUAACCAGCGGUGUGGAGAGGGCGAUUUGCUUUAGGGAACCAGAUUAUAAUACUAGAAGAAUAAAAAAAUCCAAGGCCUUGUGGAUUUUGUUUUGUGAACUCUACACCAUUGUCACAUUGUGACAGAUGGAUGCCAGCAAAAAAAAUAAAUAUAUAUAAUACAUCAUUAGAUCAUUUAUUUUGUUAUAUUAAAUCAGGAAAACAUAAUUAUCUAUUUACAAUGAUGAAGGAACAAAAGAAAACUGAAGAUUGUAAAUAAUUUGCCUUUAUCUCUUCUCAGCCCAACAGGGUCGAGUUUAUGUGUGGUUGGGAGGACCCAGUUUUCCACGUGGGGAUGCUACUUCAAAAUGUGGACCAUUUUAUUCCAUUGAGCCUUGUCCUGGUUUUAAGGUCAGUUGCCAGACAUAAUAUUUACCACAUAGUACAACUCCAUCCAAAUCCAAAUAUUAAAGUUUUGAGAAAUAAUAUUCUAUGCUUGCUACACUUAUUCAUUUAUAUGGUUAGAUAUAAACUUUACCAUGUAGAAUGACACCAUCCAACACAUAUGUUUCAUUAUGAUUAGACAAAUAAUUUAUUAAUUUAAAAGAAAGAAAAAGAAAAAGAAGCUGUUUCUUCUUAGUUUAAAUAAUUCUGUAUGAAAAUGAAAGACAUUUGAAAUGGUGAGUGAUAAUUUUUUUUAAUGGAUUUCCAGCUAUUAAUAAAUUAAAGUUAUAAAGCGUGUAAGAAAUUAACUGCUACAUUUUCUAUUAUUGAAAGGCAUCUCGAGAACUGGGCUUCAAAGAGGAUUUGGCAAGGUUUGGCUCUCAAUUUGCAGUGCUCAGAUUUAGAAAAAAGGUAAAUAAAAUCUUAGUUUGGGUACAAAGCAUCCAUAAAUUUGUAAUUCAUAAGUAGGCUUCUCCACCCAUAGUGUUUGACAAACCAGACCAGAUAAAGCAUCACAAAUAUUUGAAGCACUGGCCACUGCCCUGAUUUCACAAUAUAAACCAAGAAAGCAUCUGCUAUGAGCUUCAUAUUUAGUCAAAAGUUUGACAAAUAAGUUUAAAAUAUUUAUUUGAGCUUAUGGUGUUCUCAAGAUAGAUCUAGUGCAAUAGUAUUGGGAAACAAAAAUUGAAAUUGUUAUACCAUUCUUGAAAAGGUAAAAAAAUUCUUUUUAGUGGCUUCUUUUAAUGCAAUGCUGUGAAAAAGACUUAUUAAUCUAUACCUUAAAUUUUUUAUUAGACCUAUUAGUUAUAGCCCACCAAACAGUGGCUGCGGCAGUGCAUGAACUUACAAUCUACUAAAGUUACUUUACAAAACAUGCAUUCAAGUAACACACUUUAUAUGACUCCCAAUUAGUCUUGACCCCCUCCCCCAGGCACACCACAAAACACUUUUUCACGCCUCUGAACUAUAUUAAAUGUCCCACCACCUUUUACACCGCAGAUUUAUUGCAUCAUAUUUAAAUUUAGACUAUAUCCAUAAAGCAAAAUAUUAGGCACCAAAUGCACUUGCUGUUGUUUUUUAAAGAAUGUCAUUUAGCGCAGUUAUCUGGAAUUUUAAUUUACACUAUUGAACUCACCAUUACACCAUACUUUCUUUCAUACCUAGAAAAUUAUAGUUACUGAUUUUAAGUGUUAUAAAAAAAUAUUCCUAUGCCAGUAAUUUAAUGCAAACAAAACGACCUUUGUUUUAAGAAAAAAAGCUUGUGUAAAACUAAAAAAACAAAUUUGAGGAUACAUCUCACCAUCUUUAUCAUAGUUACUUAAUAUCAGCUUGAUCAGGGUGAAUUCUUUCCCUUAAAGUUAAGACCCAAAGAUUUAUAAAUGUAUUUGUUCCCCUAUCCGUCAGAAUUUUUCCAGCAUGCUUCUCGGCUUUUACAAAAUCCAAAUAAUAACCCUUAAAGUCAAUAUUGUCUUCACAGAGUGAAUUCUGAGUUAAGAGCUUGAGUUAAACUUUAGAUGAAUUGUAUUUAAAUUUUAUUGUUUGUAAGUGUUGCAUUGCUAAGAAUAAUCAUCUAUGUGCUGAAAAUGAAUAUGUAAUCAAAAAGCAUUUCCAUUUACUUAUGUUAUGAAAAUUAAUUGUAUUUUCAAUUUCUUCAGACCCAACUUCUAGUCACAGCUGAACACAGUUCUUUAAAAGCCAGACUUGCAGGUGCUAUUGGUGUCUUUGAAUUAUGAUGGAAGCAAGUUUUUAUGCAAGUUUUUAUGCUUGCUAACUUCUGUGUUGUUGAACAAAUAAUAAUUCUGUGAUUGAUUUAAAUUUUGAUUUAUCUGGUGAUAAUUUUUAUUUAUUGAUAAAAGUUAAACUUUUGCCACUUUAACAUUUUUUUUACAAUGAACUUUGGAUUGUUGGUCAUUUUAAUUAUGAUGAAUGAAUGUGUUCAUAAAAAAUGUUGCAAUAACAAUUCAAAUUAUGGGCUGUCCACACAUCUGUCUCAUCAAAAUUGUCUUCUUGGGAGUAAAGGCCUAUCCUGAAUGUCUUUUUCUGCUAUCUGUAGAGCUUUUGUGUAAUAAUCUUUAAAGAAAAUUGGUUUAUUCUUGUUAUUAUUUCAUAAUAUUUAACAAAAAAUAGUUAUUAGUGUAAGACACUUUGCAUGGAAUCAAAUAAUUUUUUUUUAAAAAGUUUUUUUUAUACACAGUUAUAGAAUUGUAUUCAGCAUAUGUGAGGAUUUAAGUAAUACUCAUUUAACAAAAAUAAAUGCACUGGAUUUUCUAAAAUAAUCUGCUUUUUUAUGCAUCGUUUAUCUUUUAACUUAUUUUCUUUAUUCUUUGGUAAUUUUUGGCUUCACCUCAUACAAUUCUGCCACCAUUAAUGUCAUUGAUAUAAUUAUUUUGCCUCAUGAGCAAAAAAUUUCCUUAAACAAAAAUUAACCAAUGAGAUUAGUUUUUGCUUACAUCACCCAAAAAAGUAAAACCAUCUAGUUUGAUGGGAUGUUUGUUUGAUUGUCCAUUGACAUGUACACAUGUCAGGGCUGACAACUGUUUUAAUCUGGCAUACAAGUCAAUCUCUGUUAUGUCAAAUCACACAGGAUUCACUUGCUAUUGCAUAUAAAAAAAAGACUAACUACUGACAUGACAUUUUCAAGUUUUAUGUAAGUUGACAUUCCAGUUAGCUUUGUAAUUUCACUUGUAUUCCAAAUCAUGUUUGGAGUUCUGUAACUAUUAAUUAUGUGCAAAAAAUAAAAUAUGAAAUAAUUUGUAAAAUUACAAGCUAAAAUAUUUUUAGUGCUAUGCAUCUAUUUUUAAAAUUUAUAAAACAACUUUUUUGCAUUUUGAAUGCCUUACUUAAAAUUAUGCAUCUGUGUUUGAGUACAGUGGUAUCUGUUUUCUUUGUUAAAAAGAACUUUUGCUCAGUUUAUUUCUUAAAUUACAUAUUCAAGAAUUUCGCGGUCUGUAGACAGAGAGGUUUGUAUCAAGUGCUGACAUUUUUCAACCUGUUAUUGUUCUCUCUGACUCAGGGCUAUAUAUUCAGCUGUAUAUUCACAAAAUAUUAUCAGGUUAAACCGAUUGUACCAAUCAUGAAUCAUCUUGUUUAUGUGAUGACGGAAGACUUUUUUUUUUUAAAGAAUAAAAUUAAUUUAAAUGCUCAUGUGAUUUAUUUUAAAACAGGGAAACAGGUGAAGAGAAAGAAAAUGUAUUCAUUAUCUAACUAGCUAUGCAUGAACUGCCC